AUGGGUAAGGGACAACCCCGUGGUCUCAACGCCGCGCGCAAGCUCGCGACUACUCGUCGUGACAACCGCUGGGCCGAUCUUCACUACAAGAAGCGCCUUCUCGGUACCGCCUACAAGUCCUCUCCCUUCGGUGGUGCUUCCCACGCCAAGGGUAUCGUCCUCGAGAAGGUCGGUGUUGAGGCCAAGCAGCCCAACUCUGCCAUCCGAAAGUGUGUCAAGGUUCAGUUGAUCAAGAACGGCAAGAAGGUCGCCGCUUUCGUCCCCAACGACGGUUGCCUGAACUACAUCGACGAGAACGACGAGGUCCUCCUCGCUGGUUUCGGUCGUAAGGGUAAGGCCAAGGGUGAUAUUCCCGGUGUCCGUUUCAAGGUCGUCAAGGUCUCGGGUGUCGGUCUCGCUGCCCUGUGGAAGGAGAAGAAGGAGAAGCCCCGCUCUUAG